GCCAGGCGGGGAGUCGGAGCCCGUUUCAGCGCAGCCCAGCAUCAGCGCCUCGGACCGGGAGAGAAAUGCGAAGGGCUGUAAGAUGGCAGAGCUACAGAUGCUACUAGAGGAGGAGAUCCCCGCCGGGAAGCGCGCGCUGGUGGAGAGCUACCAGAACCUGUCCCGGGUGGCGGAGUACUGCGAGAACAAUUAUGUCCAGGCUCAAGACAAGAAGAAGGCCCUGGAGGAGACCAAGGCCUACACCACCCAGUCCCUGGCCAGCGUGGCCUACCAGAUCAACGCCUUAGCCAACAACGUGCUGCAGCUGCUGGACAUCCAGGCCUCGCAGCUGCGCCGCAUGGAGUCCUCCAUCAACCACAUCUCCCAGACGGUGGACAUUCACAAGGAGAAGGUGGCGCGUCGGGAAAUCGGCAUCCUCACCACCAAUAAGAACACGUCCCGCACCCACAAGAUCAUCGCCCCCGGCAACAUGGAGCGGCCGGUGCGCUACAUCCGGAAGCCCAUCGACUACACGCUGCUGGACGACGUGGGCCACGGCGUCAAGUGGCUUAAGGCCAAGCAACAUGGAAACAAUGCGGCGGGACGAGGAGGAACCCUUUCCAGGACCAACCCCCCCACCCAGAAGCCGCCGAGCCCCCCCAUGGCCGGACGCGGCACUCUGGGGCGGAACACCCCCUACAAGACCCUGGAGCCCGUCAAGCCGCCGGUGGUGCCGAACGACUACAUGACCAGCCCGGCUCGCCUCGGCAACCAGCACAGCCCCGCCCGCACUGCCUCGCUCAACCAGAGGCCCAGGACACACAGCGGCAGCAGCGGGGGCAGCGGCGGCAGGGAGAACAGCGGCGGCAGCGGAGUGGGCGUGCCCCUGGCCGUUCCCACCCCCUCUCCUCCCAGCAUGGGGCAAGUGCCGGCGGCGGCCUCCGUCCCUCAGGGCCCCGGCCUGGGCCCCGUCCCCAUGUCCCAGUUCGGCACCAUCUCCCGCCAGAUCUCCCGCCACAGCUCCUCCACCAGCUCCUCGGCCUCCAUGGUGUCGGCCACCGGCACCUACCGCCGGGCGCCGUCCGUCUCCUCCCAGCAGCCCCACCUGAACGGGGGCCCGGCGUUCCCGCAGAACGCAGUGUCUGUGGCUCCGCCCCCUCCUCCUCCCGUGGUCCAGCUGACGCCGCAGAUCCCUCUGACCGGCUUUGUGGCCAGAAUGCAGGAGAGCAUAACAGACAGCCCCGCCCCGCCUCCUCCGCCCCCGCCGGAGGACAUCGGCGUGUUCGAGGAGCCCGCCCCGCCUCCGCCUCCUCCGCCCGUGGACUACGAAGAAGAGGAGGCGGCCGUGGUUCACUACAGCGACCCCUACGCCGACGGAGACCCCCACUGGGCCCCCAAGGCCUACCUGGAGAAAGUGGUGGCCAUCUACGACUACACCAAGGACAAGGAGGACGAGCUGUCCUUCAUGGAGGGCGCCAUCAUCUACAUCAUCAAGAAGAACGACGACGGCUGGUUCGAAGGCGUCUGCAACGGCGUCACCGGACUCUUCCCCGGAAACUACGUGGAGUCCAUCAUGCACUACGCCGACUAGAGAAGCCGGCGGGAGCAGAGCAGAGGAGGCGGUGCGGUUUAGAGCAGACGGAGCGUGGCGGGAGCUGCAGUACCGGCUCCGCCCUCUGGGAGGAAGCCCCCUGCUGGGCUCCGUCGCUGUUGAUUUCCUGAACUUGAGGCUUUUGGUCUGCUCCAAACUGCAGAAGUGAGGCACAAUGGAGGGUUGUUAGUUUACACUGGGACAAAGGGAGGAGUCGCCGGCCUUUUUCUUCUUCUUCUCACAGCUUGAAACCAUCAGAUCGUUGCCUGUGAAGAAAUUAGACACAAUCAGACUGUUUGGGAGAUGAGGAGUAAACACGGUGUGGUGGUAAUCUGUGGACUGGGAACCAAAACUGAGAGGAUGCAGUAGGUCGAGACGGUGAAACGUCACAUUUCCACUCAGCAGAUGAGGCAGCGCAGCGCUCUUACUUUGAAGCUCCUGCCCGUUUCUUUGCACUGCAGACCGUCAGAGAAACUCUUCCCUCCUCCUGAAUCAAACCUUUGACCUUUUUAAAAAAAGACCCAAGAGCAAAAACAUCAGCAGGUGCAUCGGGACGCCGAUCAGGAGGAGGGAAAAGGCAGCUCGGCACAGGCUGAAACCAGUGUAGACAAUGCAUUACACACACACACACACACACACACACACACACACACACACACACACACACACACACACAUAGAAGAAGACAGCAGUGUCUGGUGGAGGCUCUCUCUGCUCUCUCGUUGUAAAUACAGUGUCGUGUGAGAAGCUGCAGUGCCGUACAUCGUCAGUGUUUCACCAGUGUUUCCAUCGGUCCGUGGGCCGCCGACCAGACUGGAUGUUUCUUUUCGUUUUAACUUGAAUAUUCGUUUUAUUCGUGACUCGCGGUGCCAUUGAGCGACACCGAGGCGGCGGCUGUUCGAGCAGUUACUCUUCACCUCAUGGUCGCUGUAGCAGAGCUCCCGGGUGUGUGUGUGCUGCUGUCCAGCGGCGGCAGCAGAGCUCCCGGGUGUGUGUGUGCUGCUGUCCAGCGGCGGCAGCAGAGCUCCCAGGUGUGUGUGCUGCUUCCAGCACAGGAAGGACUUGACUGCCGUGUUCUCGUGUGGUCGAUUUUAGUUCUCGACGACUGUGAGGAUUUUGAUUUCCGUGGCGGCGGCCGAAGAGCUAACCCGUCUCGCCCGUCUCGCCCGCGGGCUCGUGCACUGGGCUCGUGCACUGGGCUCGUGCACUGGGCUCGUGCACUGGGCGCUGCCGCAGUGCUUCACACUGGUGCUCAAUAACCAUGGAACGACCUCAGAGUGCGAGGCGGCUCGCCGCAGAGAGGCAGCCUUCCUGUUUCUGCUGCCGCUCUGAUUGUACCCCGGUCCGGGAGGGGAAUGUCGGCGACGCCGCAGUAAUGUAAUCCCGCUUUAAUCUGGCCCUUCACUCAGAGUCGGACUUGACGUGACUGGAACCCGGUUCCUGCUGCGGUCUGAUUGUACUCCGGUCCGGGUCGUGAAUGUCGGCGACGCGGCAGUAAUGUAAUCCCGCUGGACUCGGUUGGACUUGACGUGACUGGAACCCGGUUCCUGCUGCGGCCCGAGACGCUCCUCUGAUUGGCUGCUCUUACAAAGCGUCUCUUCAGACCAACGCCUCUCAGAAUCCAUGUUUGUGGCCGUCGUAAAGAAUCCAGUGAUCAUGUGUCCCGGAGGCGGUCCAGAGGGGACGGGUGUCUCUGGACCGACUGGAGGACUGGCUCGGUGCGGUCAGGGUUCAUCAGCCUCGGUGCGUGACGGCCGGCGUCACAGCAGUGAAUGAGUUUUCAUUUCAUCACAUCUUCGAUUGUAUUUUUUCCAUCAUUUUUUUGUGAGGAAACGACUUUUUCUACCUAACAUAUUUCUAGCUCUGCAUUCAGACUUCUUUUUAUGUCAGGACUGCUGUGGAAGGUUUGCUAGCAGUUUGUAAUGUAAUUUAUUUAUACUUUUUCAUAGAGGAA